GAGUCAGACUGGAGAAACUUUAAAAACACUGGAAUGUUUGACUACAAAGAAGGAACUACACUUCCCAUAAUGCUUUGCACCAGGGCACAGAGAGACUUCCUGCCUGUUACAGGGCUGGCUGUGUGAGUGUUGUGUUGGUGUCUGUGUCACACUAUGCAAGCUGCUGCCAGAGCCAUGGCAAAAUUCAGAUUGGCCGUAGUCCAGCUCUUGGUAUCGCCUGUGAAAACGGAUAACUUGAAGAAGGCAUCGCAGCUGAUUAAGCAGGCGGCACAGGAAGGGGCACAGGUCGUAGCUCUCCCCGAGUGCUUUAAUUCUCCUUAUGGUACCAAAUUCUUUCCUGAAUAUGCAGAGAGGAUUCCGGGGCAGUCUACGCAAAUGCUGUCCGAUGUGGCAAAGGAGUGCGGGAUCUAUCUCAUUGGAGGUUCCAUUCCAGAGGAGGAUUCUGGGAAAAUCUAUAACACUUGUACAGUGUUUGGCCCUGAUGGGACAUUGUUGAUAAAGCACAGAAAGAUCCACCUCUUCAAUAUUGAUGUGCCCGGGAAGAUACGCUUCCAGGAGUCCGAAACGCUGAGCCCCGGCGACAGCUUCUCUGUGUUUGACACCCCCUACUGCAAAAUCGGGGUGGGAAUCUGCUAUGACAUCAGGUUCGCUGAACUUGCCCAAAUAUAUACCAAGAAAGGGUGUCAGUUGUUGGUGUAUCCGGGGGCAUUUAACAUGACCACAGGACCAGCACACUGGGAACUUCUGCAGAGAGCUCGGGCUUUGGACAACCAAGUCUAUGUGGCCACUGUGUCUCCUGCCAGAGAUGAUAGCGCCUCCUAUGUAGCCUGGGGACACAGCACUGUGGUCAACCCAUGGGGAGAGGUCAUUGCUAAGGCGGGAGCAGAGGAGUCCAUUACUUCCACAGAUAUUGAUUUGCAGUACCUCGCUGAAAUUCGUCAGCAAAUACCCAUCCAUGCCCAGCGUCGCCAUGACCUCUAUAGUGUGGAAGAAAAGACCAAAUAAACUAUAUUGAAAGAUAUGGCUUUUAUCAUGUCCCAAAUGAAAGUCGAAAUAAUAAAAUUGGUGUCUGUACUGGAUUACAGGGGAAGUAUUAUGCAUUGUGAAAGAGUAAAAGGAUGGUACUCCCAUUACUAGUGCGUGUUAAGGCUCUAGAGCUGUGAGUUACAAUGACGUCAGCAUAUAUAAGGUGUUGCAGCAUCACUAAUGCAGGCUUUGAUGGAACCUCCGCUAGUGCAAGUUAAUUGGGUAAAUAUAUAGGACCAUGGGGGUUGCUGCAAGUGUGUAGGACUAAGGCAAAAAAAGAAACCUCUUUGUGGGGACACUCUUAUUGAAAAAAAUCAUUUAAAAUAUAACAUUUAUUAGAUAUGUUAAAAUGGUCAAAAUAAUAUAAAGCACAGAAAUCAAUAUUUGGGGGAUCAUUACAGCAUAGGGGACACUACUGCUCCCGUACAGGCCACAAGCACAACUUCUGUCAGGACUGCUUCCAGGACUGGCCUGCUGAAAAGUAAUGGAGCAGGAUAAGGAACUAUUGGACCUCUUUAAUGUCACUCGUUUCUGGUCUCACAUUUUAUAGCUGGAUAAGAUUUCAGUUGAUUUGUUUGUUUUUUGCUUCAUAUUUUACGCAAACUGUGAAGAACAAAAAUGAUGUAUUUGUUCAAUGCCUCCAACAGAAUGAAACUUGGAAUGUUUAUUAUAACAGCGUGUUGUCAGACUGUGCAGGGGACAUCUCUCCAGGAGAGUCCUACCGGAGUGCGAUCAAUACAUUUAAGGCCGCCAGCGCCAGCUACAAUUCAGGAUAAAAAUGAUAACUAUGUUACAACAUGUGACUAAACAGACUGUAUGGAAUGACUGUUAUUAGAAGGUAAUGUAGUGACCAUUAGGUCUAUGUACUAAGCCUUGGAUUGAGAUAGAGUAUGAACCAAUCCGCGCCUGUCAUUUUUCAAACACAUCCUGUAAUAUGGCAUUUAGAAGCUGAUUGGCUGGUACUUUAUCUUUCUCCAAGGCUUAGUACAUAGAGCCCCAUAUUUACUACAUACCCACAUAUGAAGUAUGUAUUGGAGCGGAUUCUGUGUCAUAUGUAAAUGACAAUGCAAACGUUUCUCGUGGAUUUCAGCAUGCGGUGACUGCACACGGGCCUAAUCACACUUAAGCACAUGGACGGCAGGGAUGUGCAGUCAGGGUAGAGACUCCCCUCUCAUACACCUUAGAUUUUAUAUAAAAGUAAUUAGAAUACUACAAAGAAGAUAUUUAGAACAUAAACAUCUUUGUUUAUUGUAAUCCCUUUUUAUAGUUCACACUCACCAGCCUUGUGGCCAUCCCUGGAGCUGCAGGGGAUGAGAGAUGUGGCAGCAACAGCUCUGCCUUGGUUCUACAGUCAGCCACUGCUUUGCAGUGCUGGGGGCAGGGCCACACCAUGGGCAGUAAGUCUGCACAGAAAGGGAGCUAAUAGAGGCAUGUCUCUGAGUGUGGGGGCGGUCCGUGUGCACUGAUAGACUCUGAUGUGUCAUAUGACCGGGAAGUCCUCUGUAAGCGGAGCUCAAUCAGCAGCAGCAAGAGAGGACACAGGGAUGCAGGUAGGAGGCUCAAUGGACACUAGUUUAGUGUAGUGAGGGAAGAGCUACAGUGAGUAGGGGGUGAGACAGGCUCUCAGCAUUCAGACCCGUCCCCAUGUGUGCCAGUCAUUCACCUCACCGCAUGUCACUGAUGGACGGAGUUUGCUAGUGCUCACUGAUUGAUCCAUCUGGUGGUGGAUCACACUGUCUGGAAGAGGGUGUUUCUGGGCGGCAACCAUUUAAUCGCGUCGAACUGCUCCUCAUAGGAGUGUCGUGGGUGGAACGGAAAAUCAGCUGCAUCUGACGCAGAAUCAGCUCCAUUAUGUCUGCAUUUCAAACAACAUUUGAUGUGCGUAGUCUGCCAUGUAUUUGCAAUAUAUAUGUGUUAUGUUUUAUUGUCAUUGGGGAAGUCGUGUAUAAUUACUUUCAAAGAAAUUGAAUAAAAAUACAGUUUUUUAGCAAC